AUGAAGCUCUCUCUUUCUGCUGGCUUUUUGGCCGUCUCGUUGGCCUACGCACAAGGCUCCAUCGACCAGUGGGCUGCGGGUGGCGCCGAAGACUUCCGAGGCCCUUGCCCCAUGAUGAACACACUGGCGAACCACGGCUUUCUCCCGCACAACGGCCGGAACAUCACCCGGGCAAACGCCAUCCACGCCCUGUCGACCGGCCUCAACUUUGACGAAUCGCUGGCCAGUCUCAUGUGGGAGCAGGCCGUCAUCGCCAACCCCGAGCCCAACGCCACCUUCUUCACGCUCGACCACCUCAACCGGCACAACGUGCUCGAGCACGACGCCAGCCUCAGCCGGUCGGACGCCUACUUCGGCAACAACCACGUCUUCAACCAGACCGUCUUCGACGCGUCGCGCGCGUGGUGGACGGACGCGACGCUCACGCCGGCCAUGCUCGCCAACAGCAAGCUCUUCCGGCAGAUCGAGUCGCGCGCCGCCAACCCGGACUACACCUUCUCGUCGAGGGUCGAGGCCUUCAGCCUGGGCGAGGUGGCGGCGCCGCUGAUCGUCUUUGGCGACCACGCCACCGAGACGGUGAGCAGGGAGUGGGUCGAGUAUUUCUUCGAGAACGAGCGCCUCCCCACCGAGCUCGGAUGGACCAAGCAGGCGGAGACGGUCGCGUUGGACCUCAUCAUGCACUUUUCCGAGGUGGUUGAGAACGCGACGAGUUUGAUCACCGGGGAUGCGACGACGUCGCCGCACGCGAAGAGGGGGGGGGACUUGCACGCGGGGUUCGGGGCGGCGGUGCGCCAGUGGAAGGCUUAG